AGUUAAUUUUCUUCAUUCUAGUGAAUUAUUGACUUAUUUUUCCUCUUAAGUAAUGUGAGAAUACGUGUGAAUGUUUACAAAUUUGUUGAAGUUAUAAAGAGAAAUUAUUACCCAUGGAUAACUGUGGAUACCCGAAACCCAAACGAGUAUGGUUUUGAUUUUCAUCCCAUUUCUUAUGUGGGUAUGGGUAUGGGUAAAAUUCGAACUACUUUGGGUAGGGUAACGAAUAUGCAUGAUCCACCCCCGACCCGACCCAUUUUCAUCCCUACAUUUCAAAGGAUCUCUUUAAAGAUCCUUUUUAAGUAGAGAUUAAGGGCCUUUUUAGAGGAGAUAGGUUAUACCCCUGCAUCGUGAAGCUAGCUGAAGUGACAUUGGGAUAGUGGAUCCAUUAUCCAUGCAGGAGGGGGAUUGGUUGCAUGACCAUUGAGCCAAUCCCCGUAUUAGCGAUAUCCUCACCUCGAUUACUAUGGAUUGUUCUUCUAUACUUUUGGAUGUUUAUCUCCAGCGGUUUGGGUGAGGGAGGCCCCCCAAGUACCUCUUCUCUCCUAUCGUCCUCUUAUUCAUUAAUCUCAAACUGUCCACUUGGUAAGUAAUAGGUCGACUAGAUAACAAUCUAGUGCAAGUAGUCUAGGAUACCGUGACUAGUGGAAUACCACCAAGUCACCUUACUACAUCCGCAGAUUUGUUAUACUUGGCAUUGUUAGGAUAUAAGUGAUUGCGCAUCAUACAAAUUUUAAAGAUCUUCUCAUCAAAUUUUUGGCUUCAUUGCCGGGGAACCAUUGAUAACUAGUUGAAAGAUUUUGGUUAAUAAUUUAGUCUUACUUUCUUGCUUAUAAUAGUAGUAGUAUAUCGUACUAGUAUGAUAUAUUAGUAUUCUUUGUUUUGUUUUCUUUCUUUGCUUUUUUUUUCUCUCCCACCUUUGCCCUUGAAGGUGUUUUGUUUUUGUUUGUGGAAUUUGAAACAUGGAUCCCAUACAUAAUUAGUCUACAUAAAUAUAUACUUUUGGGUCAUUGGGGAUAUUAAUUAUUUAUUGUUUAGGAAAUCAUUGUUAAGCAGUUAAUUUAGGAUUCGUUUACCUUGUUUGAGAGGGAAAGCAUUUAUGGGAUUAGUCCCAUAAAUAUGUACUUUUGCUUUACGUUUUAAUAAGUCGAAAAAGAAUAAACCCGUAUUUUAGGUAAUCUUAGGAGGAGUAAAUUAAUUUUCGACACUUGAAUCAAUCACGCGUCAAUUGGUAUCAGAGAUUGGUUUCGACAGAUCCGGGGAUGAUGGGUCCAAAGAAGAACAUGGUGUCAACGACAUCCCACGAGUUCACCGUCAAGGAAGAAUUAGGGCAACAACUUUGAGAGAUAUUUUUAUGGGUUUGAAGUGAGUUGGCAAGACCUUGGGCAAGUGUGUAAGGGGAGACACGAGCACCAGCUGAUUUUAUAGACUAGCAACUUCAAGCAGCGAAUGAAGGCCUAAGUCAACUCCGAGUCUACAUCCAAACCCUCAAAUGAGGUCAAGACGAUCUCCAAGACAGCCUCAAAUGCGGCCUGGAAUGGGUGAUCGAGAUCAUGAGAGCAGGGCGAGAGAAGCUCGAAGCCACGAUUUAGCAAAAUUGGCAUGAUGGAAAGAGAGAUCUAAAGACAGUGAUGUGAUGGAUGGAGGGUCUCAUCCCGAGAAACCUCAAAUGAGGCGAUGCAAAAAAAGGGAGAGAGAAGGACGGUCAAUUUGAUUUCAACCGACGAGAAGCUCAAAUCACCAGCCAUUGAGGAAUAGGGAAAUUGAAAUGGGGAAGGUAGUAGAGCGGGAGUCCAAUUAUCGCCACCACCAUUACCAUAUGUCGAUUCCAUGCCGAGAAAGGGGUGCUAAGUCGAUGGGGAGGAGCAGUGCAGAUGAGAUCGGCCCAUUCUGGAAAUCGGCAACAGUGGGGAGGUCUGGCGUUAGAAGAUUACAGGAGAAGGGUUUCAAGCAUCAAGCGGACGCGAGACAGGCUGGGAUCAAUAGAUCGGGUUGACGGUCUGCCUGGGCUAGGUCUAGGCAUGAAUGGCAGAACAUGAAAGGGGUGAAGGGCGGCAGUCAAGGUGGUCAGGCUAACAUCUAUGGUGUACAACUAGUAGGCUCGGGCACGAUGUAGUAGGGUCGAAAGUGCCAUGGAGGUGUUAUGACACUCAAUUUAUAGUAUUUGUCACUCCCAUAUGUGAUACAUUUUCCUUUUAUAUCAAUGCAACUUUAGUGGUUUUGACUAUAGUGCAUUGUGGUUUGACUAUAAUUCAUAUGGAAUUUAUAACUAUUUGAAUAAUGAGCUUAUGAUAGACCUUGAGUGUGUUUCUUUACUAUUUUAUGCCUUUAUGGUAUUGCAUUGUGCUUUUGAAAUAUAUAAACCACUCAAGACGAUUAUGGAUCACUAAGGGACCUAAUGGAUCAAAAAGAGGACGAGAAUACAAGCUCGUGGACUCAAACUGAGAUGGAUUUGGAUAUCAGAUGCUCACUUUAUGGUAAAAAUAAGCAGAUCUCGUUGUGCAGCAAGCCCAACUUUGACCAAGGUCCAACCGGAGGUAUACAAGUUAAGACUCUUCCAAAAUUGGAGAAGGAGUUACUAGGAUCACAAGGAAUCCAUUGCAAGAAGAAAAUAAGGGCGACCCUACAUCACUACCGACCGGUGCUUGUCUUAAACCCUCAAGAAAAUUUCCCAAAGAAGCUACUUCUUCCCCAAUUUGAAUGAAUUCAAGUUCAAGACAAAUAAGGAAGAUUUGGCCGAAUUUAUGUAAUGAUUAUUGAUGCAUAUGCCUUUAGAUGCUUUAUUGUAUGCGUGAUGCUUUAAUCAUCUCUUGUGUAUGAUCAUCGAUGCUUUAUUUGAUACGAUAUUUUAAUCAUACUAUGCGUGUGAGUCUAUGAUGAAUACUACUAUAAUCAUUGUUUAUACUACUAUUAUGGAAAACAAGGAAACUAAUCUCGUGUAGUAGGCAUCUUCUUCGGGCAUGCACGGGUAGAGAGUGGUCAUAGAGGAAGCGAUAGGGCAUAAUAGCGGAUGAUACAUAGAAGCAUUUUAUAGAAGAGAUUGUAUUCAUGACCAUCUAGAAAACACCGCCUAAACAUUACUUUACUUGCUUGUAUUACUUUGUUUCUUUCUUUCUUGCAUUAGUCGAGUAGAUUUCGAGUACAUUAGGUUAGGUUUGAGUAUUUUAUAUCAAAAGAUAUUCUCAAGGUCUAUAAAGGAAGUUCCAAUGAAGUGCGUAAAGGUUUUGAAGAGAUCAAGGAGAAAGAAGGGCUUAUGGUGCAUAAGGAUUUUGUGGACCAUGAAGAGAAGGAAGAUCAACUCAAAGCCAACACUUAUAACGAUGAAGAAGAUGGAGAGAACAUAAAAAAUGAAGAGGAAAAUCAACAUGAGGACAAUAGAGAAGAAGAUGAGUUUAAAACUCAACCUCUGGAAGAAGAAGAAGAAGAAGAAGGAAAGUUAUCCCCUCAAAAAGAUGCAAUGGACGUAGAAAGCUACUCACAACUCGACGAAAGCAUCUUACAAGCCAUGUAGACCAUGAUCGAGCAUCUUCAAUCCAUCCAAGAAGAAGAGAUUGAUCAAUCUAUCAAAGAGCCUCAAUAAGAAGAUCAUAUGGAGACCAAAAAAAUUGAUGAUGAAGAUUAUGAUCUUACAACUUCCGAGGAAGGAUAUGACGAGAUAUAGCCCCUAGGAGUAUCAGUGGAGGAAGAAGGAUGCUCUAUUGAAGAACUUACACGAAUCCAAACUUUCUUGGAUUCGUGGGAAGAUGUCGAAGUUUUUUCACCACUUGAAGGCUUUGAACACUUCCUCACCUUCUUCAAUCUGAAUCCAAUAGUACUCCAACUACCAAGGAAUCCACCAUUCGAAACAUCUAGGAGGAAGAGUUUGAGUACGAUGACCCUCUUACACCUCUUAUUCAAAGUUCAACAAAACCCUUGGAACUAAGCAUUGAAAAAGAGAUUGUAGAGGAGAAUUCAAACAAGGAUGAUCAACCUCAAAUGAAAAAUAAAGGAUACG